AUGCACAGGUUCCAACAAUGCAAGAAACCGCCAAGAGCAAUCAAUGCAGUCCGACAUGCAGCAAUACCAACAGCAAAGCGAUGGCCCACAGUUAUGAACAAAUUCCAAACAAUGCCGGGGAUGACCACGAGCAAUCAGUGCAGUCCGAUUUACAUCGACAAGACUUGUGAGGUGGAGAAUAUAGAGGGUGACGAUCAUCUGUUCCGCCCCUCUCAUGCUGCUUGUUGGGUCGGUUACACCUACGAUGCAGAGUCAUGCGGGACUUGUUCCCCGCUCGUCAUCCACAUUACCAAUUCUUCUUCUUGUUCUUCGGAAGACCUUAGGGAGUCAGCGAAUUGCAGAAGUGAAUCUCAUAGAAAUGCCGUUGAUAGAGUAAAACGGUUGAAAAAAGCAUACAAGUUUGCAAUGAAGUGCAUAAACAUCUAUGAAAAGAUGCACACUCAGCAAAAAACUGAGUUAAAAGAACUUGAAAUGCAGCUCACAAGAAAAGAGCAGGAGCUGCUGGAGGAGAGAAAAAAGAUUAUCAAGUUAGAAAACAAGCUGAAGAUGAGUGGGCAGUAUGCUAUGAGCCAGCCACAACCACCACAAUAUCCUGGCCAACAGAUGAUGGGCCCAGGCACUGUGAUGCGACAUGUGACUCCAGCAGGGGAUCAGAUGGUCGAUCAGACUGGCCAGAUGAUGUCUCGUCCACCACCGCCUGAAUAUCGGCAAAUUACGCUAAAGCAGCAGCAGCAGCAGCAACAGAUGAUGGGUGAACCUAUGCCUCAGCCAAUGUCCCAGAUGGGUCAAAAUAUGGGUCAGAUGAGCUACCAAGGCAUGCGAAAAAAUACGAGACCCCGUAUGGUUAGUUGCCCUAAGGUCAAUAUGGGGACAAGUCAAAUGAUGGGUAGUAUGACACGGCAAACAUUACCCCCUAAUAGGCCCACCAUGAAGCCUGGUAUGGUACCAACAUCAACCAUGAAUCCCACAUCUAGUAUUGCAAGUAGUACCAUUACUUGGGCUUCCAUGCCUACCUUGAGUGUGGAGACUAUAUCAGCUGUGAACAUGAGUCUAGAUCAGGUCAGCACAGCAGGUACCAUGGGUAUGGUUAGUCGCACACCCAUGGCCACUGGUCGCAUGUUACAAAGACCUCGACCACCUAAUGUUAACAUUGGUCCAGGAGCUGGUGUACCUAAUAUUGAAGCACAAAUGCCUCCUUCAAGACCUGAAUGGCGCCAAAUUAUGAUGCAGGGCAGCCAGGGUACCAUGAUUGGACCAAUGAGGCCAGGAUAUCCUCAGCAACAACCACAACAAGGUUAG